AUGCUGCGACGCAGCUUACCAACAAUUCUGAGCACCUCGUUCUUGAUGCUGAGCGCCGCAACUCUGGGCAGCUCACAAAAUGGCCAAGCAACAAUCCAGUACACUGCAUCUCUCAGUGAAAAUGCUGAGUGCCUCAGUGAGGUCAACGAGGCUCGUGAGGCAGCCGGGUUACCCAAAUUCAAAGAUGCUGCAGGAGAGAAUAUGUUAGUUGCUCCAAGUGCAGCUUUACAAGAAGGCCCCUGGGAAGACCUUUGUACAUAUUUGAUCCCAACGCAACAAACACAAACUGUGGCAGCAAGAACUACAGAAGACACGUUCGAGAAGGGAACGUACGCUUUCAGGCCCUUGACCUCUACGGACCCCAAAUGCACUGAAAGUGUCGAAUUCUGGGAAUCUGCGUUCAAAAACUUCAGUGGACUUCCGCCGUCAAAGAGUAAAGGCGGGGCGUUGUACGGGAUUCGAGAAAACGUUUCUUUUAUAGCCCUGUACAACGCUCAAACUGACGCUACUGUGGACUGCCGAGUCGUCACUUGCACUCAAACCACUACUACUGGGGAUGCAGCGGAACACAGUGACCCACCUGCGAACGAAAAAUAUGGCUACGCACUGAUUUGCAAGACGAUGCCUGCUGCUUUGCCAGACGAUGACUCUGCUCCAUUCACGCAGGAUCAGUGGGACAGGAUCAUAUCUUCGCUGACGGGGUCAUCUUCAAUCGCAAACCCAGGUUUUGGUUUGCUUUUUAUCUUAGCUUUUGGCAUGCUGGUGCUGUGA